CAAAAGGAUAUUCUGUAGUUAGUUGAAAAUUGCUCCUUUUGCAUGGAGACCAAAUACGAGAAUAUGUAGAUUAUUGCGUGAUUUUUUCAAUUAUGAAGACUAAAUGAGUCCAUUGUAUGAACUGGUGUUGUGAAUGUAAUAGUUGCAUUAGUGAAAAGUGCUUUUAUUAAGUGAAUUAUUAAGUUCCGUGGUGAUUGGUACGCAACAGAGAUUCAUUGAUAGAAGGGCUGGAAACUUCCUUUUUUCCACAGCUUUCACAAAUUUUCUAGCACUCCACCCGACAGGACGUAAUUUUCGUAACUUCCAAUGUCUCGCCGUUCAGAGGAUUGAGAGUAGUGAGUGAGGAAGAAUUAGUUCUGCUCGACCCGAUCGGUGGGUUGGAUUGAUUUUAUUAAACGUCGAACCCAGAAGACCGAAAAUAGAAAAGGUCUGCAGCCCAAGCAGAGCAUUCCGAGUGCGCGUUGUGAUGGAGUGCAGUGAAGUGUAAGGUGUAAGAAAGUGACCCGAGAAGAUAAGUCACUGAAGCGAAAAUCAGUGAUAAAAUCAGUUUAACGGCGGAUACCGGACCACGGAAAACGAGGGUCCAAGUGGUGGAUUAUGACUUCGUUCUCUGCCCUCGACGCUAGCAACCCGGCGGAAGUAUUUUACUCGACAUAUGAACCGACGAAGGAAGAAAUUCUUGAGUAUGCAGUGAAGAUAGGAAUCGAUCCAGAGAACGAAACCAAUUUGAUUUACUUAGCCCGGCAAGGAUUGCUGCAUCCGUUGCCGGAAAAUUGGAAGCCUUGCUACAGCAAGCAGGUGAAGGCGUACUACUACUACGACCGGUACACCCGCAAAUCCCAGUGGGAGCAUCCGAUUGACGUGCUGUACCGCCAGAAGGUGGUGGAUGCGCGCAAGGCGCUCUCUCUUGAUCGAUCAGACUCGACAUCGCUAGCGGAUUCGGGCUUCCGCAGCCUGAAAUCGGCCACCAGCAACAACAGCAACAACAGCAGUGGUAGCGGAAGUGGUGGUAGUGGCGGAAGUGGAUGCGAUAAGUGCGAGAUUGGUUCUCCGUUGCCGGCCGGAGGAACAAGUGCAGCUGAAGUUGAUGAUUGUGGAGUGGGAGAAGUUGUGGUGGACUCGCAGAAAUUUGAUCAACAAAAGCAACAACAGGGGCAGCAAAAUUUUGUUGACGAACAAACGGGAUCCGGAUCGGGAUCAGUGGAAUCCGAUCGAGAAGAAAGCGUGAAAGAGGCUACUGACGUGAGGAAGGAGGAGUCCGAAAACGAUAGGGAAAUUGAGGUGGAAGAAAUUGAUGUUGAGGAAGAGGCAGGAAUCGAGGCAGAAGAAAGUGACGAUUCAAACAAGGAGAAUAAUAGCCAAAGGUUAACGAGUGGCCGAUUGGAACCGAUGGUUGCGAGUACGAUGGCAGUGCCGUCGAAGAUAUCGUUCAAUUUGGGCUCCAGUAUGAGAGACCGAUCGGAGAACAGCACCUCGCGAGGAUCAUUCCAGGGUUUUACAAUCACAGGCACGGGUUCACAGUUUUUGAAAUCCGCCAAAAAACCUGAAUUUGAAAGCUUUGAGUUCGGGAAGAAGGAAGAGGUCAAGGGUAUUUUAAGGGACUCCAGUCUAACGUAUAUAAGAAACAAAGGAACUCCAAAUGAGGAUUCUUCGGAUGAAAGGAAGAGUGUACGAUUCGAUAUCGAUUUGAAUGCCGAACUGAAAGCUAAUAAACUCGAAGGGGUUCGGGAUGACUCAUUGAUUAACUUCGAAGAGCUAGCGGAAGGUUACGAUAAUGAUGCCGAAGAGGAGGAAGAGGAGGACGAGGGAGAAGGUGAAGAGGAAGUGGUAGAGGGUUCCGAGAAGAAAUCCUCAUCAUCGACGGAGACAUCCGAGGAAGAUUCUGAUGCGAGUGAGGAAAUUGAUAGCAAGGCGGAAGUGGUUAAGGAAACCACAAUGCGAAGAUUCUCAGUUGAGAGGGUUAGUGAUGAUUCGAUUCGGCAACUUAAAGAUUCCAUUGCCGAUGAGAAAAUGAGAUAUAAGACUAAGCUGGAGGAUGAGUUGAAGAAUCUUAGAAUAUUAGAGGAAGCCAAUGUUCAGAACGAACUGGCGAAGGAAAGGAACCUAUUCGAGGAGCAAUUGACAGUUGAAAGAGAAAAAAUUAAGGAGCAACAUGAAAAAAAUAUUGCAGAAAUCAAGGAGUUCUACCAAGUAAAACUUAAUGAGAUGAAGGCUGAUUAUGAGGAAGAAAACGAAAAGGAGUAUAGAGUAUACAGGGAGACAUUGCAGGAGGAGUUCGACAGACGUGUGAAAGAAGUGACGGAUGAACAUAGGGCGACAAUGGCAACUUUACAAAAGAAUCACGAUGAGAUCGUGGAAGAGCUGGAACGUGAUUUGAAAAUGGAAGAAGAAUUGAUCAAAAAAGAGCAUGCCACAAAUUCGACUGAAAUGAAAAUAAAAUUGGCACACGAGUUGGAUGUUGAAAGGCAGCGUAUGAGGGAAACUGGCGAGGAUCGUCUGUACGAGAAGAUUCGAUGUGAGAAGCGACUUCUGGAGGACAAGUACAAAUGUUUGAAAGAGAAAUACACCCGACUGAAAACAGAUGUGAGGAUUUCACUCGAGCGACGCAAAAAACGUCGUGAACAGCAGCAGCAAAGUUUGCUGAGCAACAGUUAUGAAACGGAUGACCGAACCCAUUCGAGGCCAACGCCACAGUAUCACUACGAGAGUAAAACCAACACGGCUGGACCGCCCUCGGUUAUGAUGAAUUCAGAGAAGUCCUCCAUAAGCACACCGCCUCCGUCAGCUGCAUCGAAGCGUUUCCUCGCGAAGGGUAACUAUUUGCUGGAGAACAAAAACAAACUUUUACACUUCAACGGAAAUAAUCAUCAACAGGUGGUAGCUGCUUCUGCACCAGCGGAACCCCGCAAACCUUUCAUUCUGAAUAACAACCGCCUCCAGAAUGCUGAGGAUACCAGUCACAGUGAGGCAACAUACUCCAAGAACUACUUCCAAAUCCGUAACAUAUUCGCGAACAUUCGCGAUGAGAAUUUUAGUUCCGAUUCGGAGUUUGAUAAAAACCACGACAAGAACAGUGUUCCCAUGUCGCGCCAAAAGAGGAAACUCUUCACCAAAACUAAAUCCGCUUCCACAUCAAAGCUUAAUUCCUCGAAGCAUGACCGCGAGCGUCCUUGUACUCCGGUUGAGAAUCUGAGGAUUCAACUAAAAAAAUUGGAGGAGCUCGAAGAUCAAAUCCCCGAAUGUAACAUCGAUACGCCUUACCACUUGCGGUAUCCGUUUAGUGAUCUCGAGAACAAUGGGGGAAGCACCGAGUUGGACUUCUUCAAGCAUCGCAUCCUCCUCGAGCGGGACUCGGUGGUACGUGCCAAGGAAUCGUUGCGUGCGCAGAAGAAUCUCUUCAAAUCCAAACAGCGGGACAUCUCGAUCAAACAUACGAUGAAGAACAAACAUACGAUGGAUCAGAUUUUUAAUGAGGAGAAAGAGUUGACCGAAAUGGAGGUAUCGCUCCAUCGUACAAGGGCACUGCUGGGAGAGAAGGUGAUUCGAUUGCGUCAUCUCGAACGCUCGCUGCAAAAGCUGUCCGAAAAGGAACGCCCAGCGCUGCCGGAGAAUAUUCCAAUAAACAUGAAACCCAAAGAAACACUGAGUGACCUUUCAUCUUAUUCGAGUUCCGGUUUCAGUAGCACUGAUGUGCCCACAGAACACGGCAACAUGCGUCAUCCAUUCAGUGCGAACGAGUCAGCUGAAACGUUAAAGUGUUUGGAGCAUCUGUACAGCGAGAUUCAAGACAUCUGGAAUAUCCUGAAUCCGCAACAUCAAGCCAGCAGCUACGAGGAGCUAGAUUAUUUGAACAAUCCUUCACAGCACUUCUGCGAUAUCGUGAUGUCACCCAAACCAGGAACACCGAAUGCUGCCCCCCAUCAGAUGCAACAACAUCAGCUACAUCAGCAUCAGUACACUGCGAAUCUGCUUGAGAAGACGCGCGAUCUCAAGAAUUGGCUGCGACAGGCAAAGUCUGAGCAUGAACACCUCAAGAAGAAGUCAUUUGGGUAAGGUUAUUGUCGUUUCCACUGAUUCAAGAUGCACCCGAGCCCAGGUCCCACAUGAUUCUUUCGUAGUUCUCUAAUUGAUACUAUCUUUUCUCGGACUGAGAUGAAAACUGGACAUUCAUAGUGAUGCCUAGGAUCAACGUAAAAACCAUUAUCCUGAAAGUUUGGCCUUUUUUUCUUCAUUUGUUUUUUUUUGUAUUUUUCAUUGUUGAGAUUCCGCUGCCUUGAACCCCUGAGUCUUUCUCUACUGCGAUAUUUUAAUGGAUUCAAAUCCUGUGAAAUUUUCUACUGUAUAUUUCGUGUCCUAUUGGCCUCUGACGACAUCGAUAAUGGAACUCAAUACACGAGAUCAAGUCAUGUGAUCACCAGGUUUUAGAGCGGGUGGCAGCUAAAAUUUUGGAAUUUGUUUCCAAAGCUGCCAAAAAAAAAAAAGACAAACAUACUUGAAUAAGAUCUGAUUGAUUGGAAUUGAACAUACAUUGCCUAUCGUUGAAAAAAAGUGAUUAUUUUUAAACGAACCGUAAUCGGCGGUCCGGCGGAUGAUGUUUUUGUUGAAGCGAGAUCAAAAUUUUCUUGUAGCAUUCGUUCUGCUACAGUAGUCAAGCCAGAGGGCUUGAACCAUGGCUUAGAAAUACCUCUCACGGAAAUGAUAAGUACAGCAUCUUGAAAUCAAACUUAUGUUUAAACAUAUAUUUUAUGUUCGAAGAUGCAGUAGAGCUAUCCAUGGCAUAGGAUCGAUUGUUUCCGGGAAUGAGCGUUUUCGAACGAGGGAAGUAACCAUUUUUCGGUUUUUUUAUCAAUCAGCCUAAUUGGGAUUUGUGUUUCAGUGUAUUCCGGGGCUCUUAUCUUCAUGUCUUGUCUUAUUGUGACUUUUCUCAAUGUUUAGCAGAUGUACUGGUGAGACCAGUUGAACUUUUUUUUGCGAAAUUCCGUUGGCUCAGUGAAUUUAUUGUUGUUGAAGGCACGAGAAAGAGAACGAAGUCCUUUUGCGUCCCUAAGUUUGCCUGGUCUUACACUACCAUGCUUGCGAGUAGUUGUUGGGGACCUUAGGAAAUGGUAAACAGUCAAGGCCGUAAUAUUUUCGCAUUUAGAAACAUUUCUUUCUUCGACAGCAUUUUGAGCAAAUCUGAACAAACACAAACAAAACAAAAAAUACUAGUGGAAAGAGGAGAGAGAGUUUACACAUACACAUUCUCAUUUCUCUCAGAACUCGUUUGUUGUUGAGCAUAGAGGCCUCGGAAAAAUUCCAAAAUUUUAGUUGCUACCCGUUAUUGCGUACAUAUAGUGAGGAAAAUUCGUUUAAACGCAAGCUAAUUUUUGUUGGAAGUCCUAAGACAAGCGAUCAUAAAUUUGUCUUCACAACUAUAUUCGAUUGGUCGUGGGGUGUAUAGUUUUGACUAGUGAUGAAACGGAUAGUAGUUUGGACGGAUACAGGAUAUCCGACAAGCUUCUAAGCUCCAAUUAUAAUAGGUAUCACUAUGAAAAAAAAUAUUACAAUGGGCAGUUACAAUUACCUUAUAAAUUUGAUCAUUACCAAUAAAUAUUCCUGGUUGUCUUAGUAUAGAGGGUACACAUUACCACAAAUCAAAUUAAACGAAGAAAAAGAGACGAAGCUGAAUAAAACCUUACACGUGAAGCUCACGACACCUUUCGGGAUUUUUUUUUCAAAAAGAUAGUCAGCGUCACGUUCAGUAAAAAAUCCCAUUGCUAAUAAAAUCAACUGUAUAUUUCAAAUUAAUCGCAACAACGUUUCUUACGUUUGGUGGUCAUUAAACUCUAAGUAGUACCCCCAAUUGACAAGGUUUACUAGAGUUUAUCAUUCAGCUCCUUGCAGUAGUGUUUACAGUGAACGACUGUUCUCUGAAGCCUGAUGUACGAAGCGAAGUGUAAUCGGUCGGUUAAGAAAAUCAUUAUAAAAGUCAUAGUCUUGAUGGAUUAAUGCUAUGAGUGAAUAUUAAUUUAAUUUUGAAAAAAAAUCUGACAAAUCAUUGUGUUAAUGAGUAAUUAUUGAUUUUUUAUCAAUAUCCGGUAUACGGCUGAAUAGUAGUUCACUAUCCGGUAUCCGGCCGGAUAGUUACCGGAUAUCCGUUUCAUCUCUAGUUUAGACCUACAAUAAUUUAAUUUGAAAACUUUGUACACCUUUAAUAGGGGGCAAAAUAUCAUUUUGAGGAGUGAAAUUCGUUUGAACGCACACAAUUGAAUCUAAGCGACUGACGCACCUAUGACACCAAAAACCUUGGCAAUCUGUCAUUUCAAUUUUGUUGUUGUGUUAGUACGCAAAACAUUUGUUGGUGCUGGCAAUUUGUUGAUCUGAAGUGAAAAAUGCCGAAAAAAAGAUAUUUGAGUGAAUCAGAACAAAGAGUUGUUCGUGAACUGAAAAACUGGUAUGAGUAACCGGGAAAUAGGAAGGAGAAUGAACAGAUCUGAAACAUCGAUUCGAAAUGUGCUGAAGAAAGGUGAAAUAUAUGACGUUAAGAAGAAAGAAUACCAAAAUAAGCAAUCCUGACAGGAAUCGAAUUCUGGAGCUGCCCAGAACUGGAAAGUUCAAUGCAUCGAAAAUAAAGAAGGAACUUGCAUUCUCGAUUACCAAGAAGCGAAUUUUACUCCAGCACAUGGCAGGGCGAAAUGAAAGAGGUACCGUUGUAUUUUAGGAUGAAAAGAAGUUCCAUGGUACCAUUUACCAAAGAUUAUAUGCUUGAAGAUUUCAGUUUUGAGCAAGACAAUGCAGCUAUCCAUGUCAGUAAGAGAAGUAUGCAAUGGUUUUAGGAGCAUCAUCACGUGCUGACGUGCCGGCCAGUCUAAGACAUCAAGAUCUUAGACUGGCCAGCACGUAGUCCAGACCUCAAUCCAAUUGAGAACCUUUGAAGAAUUCAUGCACGACGUGUGCACAGCGGUGGAAGUCAGUAUGGAACAGUUCGGAAAACUAGAAGCUUCUCUCCUGGAGGUCCAUCGCUGCAGCAAUGCUUGAAAAUCUCGUUAAUUCCAUGCCGAACAGAAUUUUCGAAACUAUUCGCAAAAACGGCAAGCAAACUAAAUAUUGACUAUUGUUUUUCCUUUAAAUGUUAAUUAUUCAUUGUUUUCAUUAAUAAAAACUAUAGUGCGUUCAAACGAAUUUCCUCUCUCAAAACCUAUUUUUAUUUCUUAUUCAGCCAAAUCAGAACGUAGAAUUGGAAGCAAUACUGUAAUAAACUAUGAUUUAGGAGGGGCCAACGUUUGCAAUUGCACUAGAGAUGGGCAAACCAGUUCACUUUGAUGAACGGUUCACUCACUAACCGUUCAUCUAAGUGAAUCAGUUCUUUCGCUCUUUCGUUCAGCGGUAUUAAGAACAAUAUAGAAUGUUAGCUAGAACCCAACAUCAAUAUACAGCUAUUAAUUGAUAUUGUUGGAUUGGAUAGUGUACGAAUGGGAUUUUUAUUUUUGAAAUUUAGUGGGGAAAGAUAAGCUGCUUCUUCUUUGAAAGUUGCAAACUGUAUGAGAAAAGAGGUUUAUCGGUCGACAAAAGUUUAUAUAAUAAUUUGAUGCGCACCAAAUAUGUGCAAUUUUUCAUAUUCUCUUUUUGGACAACACACAGGUUCCAUGUAAGAUCAUAUUUCAUAAUGUUCAUUCAGGGAAAAAAAUCAGCAGCGAUCUUCACUAACAAUCAAUCAUACAAACAAUCACGAUAACACGUACACGCAAUAAGCCAAACAAUGAAUUGAAAGCAACGAAAAAACGUUUUUCUCAACAUGCCCUCACUAUAAGAUUUUAUGUUUACCUAAUCCAUGAAUCGCCCCAGCUUCCCCCAGAUUUUUUUCUGAUAAUCAGGAAAUAUAUGAAUGUUACGCGGAAUUGAAAAAAUACAUGAAAUUGAAAAUAUAUAGUUUUGCUUUUAAAACUACGAAAAUCUAAUUUAAUGUUUAACCCAAAAUUGAGUAUACAUUAACACAAUAAACCCUGCGUUACAUGCAUUUUGCUCAUAAAUAAUAUUAUUUUAUUUUCCUUACAAGCAUUCUCGUUAUAUUUAUCCAUUCCGUCCAUCGCAAAUCAGUACAGCUGCACUCGUUAGUUCGCAAACAGUUCGCCCGCAAAUACUUCGUUCUCAAACAGUUUGUUCCCAAACAGUUCACUCUCAAUCAGUUCUUUCCCAUACUGUUCACUCGCAAACAGUUCGUUCUGAACCAGUUCGUUCACAAACAGUUCACUCUCAAACAGUUCACUCGCAAAUCGUUCUUUCGGAAUCAGUUCGUUCAGAAACCGUUCGCUCGCAAUCAGUUCCUGGGGAGAACUACCGUUCUUUGAAAAAGAACGACCGUUCGUUCACUCUUUUCGGCGAACUAGUUCUUUCGUACCGUUCGUGAACGGUUUGCCCAUCUCUAAAUUGCACACUAUGUCUCGGUGGUCUAUGACAGCACUGGUUUCACAUUAGUUUUGAUAAUCCGGUAUUUGAUGCUCAGGAUUAUCUGGUUCGACUUCCGUAUUUUUCCCAAGAUAUUGAAAAAAAAAUCAACUUUCUCUAUUGUUUGCCCAGCUACCACGAAAAUGGAAAGAUUUGGUCUUGCUGACGCUAAUGCUGAUAACUAUGGUGGAGGAAUGUUUGGCUUGGUCAUUGGGCUUACUUAUAUUUCAACAUUCAAAGUCUUACUUCAUUCAGCGAGUAGCCAACAGCUUUUUUUUAAGACAACGAGGGUAAGUAAACGGUGGUGGUUCUAUGCUGACGAAAAAACUUGAGACCUAAACAAAACAAAAUUUAGGCUUUUUAUUUUGUGUUGCGAAAAACUCUUUAACCAAAAACGUCGUCCUAAUUUGAAGUUUGUUAACGGUUGUGUGAAAACGUUGUGAACGUUGAAAACGUGUGAAAACAAGAUGUGAAUGAACUGCAAAGUUUGAAGUCUCUUAAAAACAAAGAAGAAAUAUAGUGAUAUUUCUUCUUUGUUUUUAAGAGACUUCAAACUUUGCAGUUCAUUCACCUCUUGUUUCCAUAAUAGCAUGAGAGAAUAAUCAAUAUUAAGUUCUCUUCCGCGACGUUGUAUGUGAAUCGCAUUUUUGUUGCAACAAUGCUUUGCUAUUCAGUGAAGAUGAAUACAUCGUAGUAGUCGGUGAUGGAGAUGUCAUUUCAACGAUGUUUUGAUACUAAAUUUGGUAGACGUUCAAAGUAUUUGAGUUUUGUUACAAAGUUCUUCUUCUUGGAUGGCACUAACGUUCCAGUGGAACUUUUGCCUUCUCAACGUAGCAUUACUUGCGCUAUUUUUAUUUUUUACUUGGUUGAGAUUUCUAUGCCGAAUAACACGCCUUGAAUAUACUCUGGAGUGGCAAGGUCUAGAAUACGCGUGACCACAGUGCAAACCGGAAGAAUUUUCUUUGACGAAAAAUCCCCCGACCAGAAUGGGAAUCGAACCCGAACCCCCGGCAUGAUAAUGUGGGACGCUAACAACUCGGCCACGGGAGCCACAUUGUUACAAGGUUGGGGUACUCAAAUCUACUGAAUAUAUCGAGCAUGAUAGUUGUUCAUCCUUCCGGCACAAAUUUUGAGUACUGUCUAAACCGAUAAGAUGAGGUAGAUAUUGUAGCUGGCUUUCAACUUGAUGAAAGAGAUUACUUUUUUUUGAAAUUAACAAGAAAGGCAUUUCAAAUAAAUUCCACACUACAUUGAUUGACAAGUCAUAUACUAAAUUUGGCCGAGAAAAGAAUCAUGUUUGAAUCUUGGAAUAUUCAAAGUUAUUAGUUAUCCAUUAUUAGUUUUUCUUAGUUUGGGACUAAACUCAUUGAUACGUUUGAUCGAAAUAAGAAAGUAUCCUUUGCAAAAGUCUUGUUAUUUGAAGUUCGAUGCUAAUGGUGAUAACAGAUCAGAAAAAAAAUCUACCAUGUAUGACAUCUAACCACAAAAAAAGAAAGUAACUUUAAAAAAAACCCUCUCAUACCAUACAUGUACUACUACAAUAUAGUGUGAUAUUAAAUUUUAGAUAACUUGAAUGUUAGUAGUUUGAUUGAAGUCGUUAAAUUUAAAUUUCAAAAUGAUGCAAGGUAAAUCGUAAAAAAACAUUAUUCAAGCAUGAAGAUUUUGUGUUGUGGACAGGAAACGUAAACACAUAGUUUUUAUUCGCGAAAACAAUUAUCACAUUAAAUCUAAUCAUAUAAAUUCGAUCAUUACUUGAAUUAUUCUUGAGUCAAAGUCAGUUCAAUAAUUAAUAAAUUUAAAAAAAAUAGGGAAUCAAACCAUUUUUUUAACGGUAAUAAUAUCUGUGAUUUUUCAUCCUAGUAGCGGUAAAUUGUGGUAGUGUGUAACGAACGUUCAAAUCCAUCCAUAUUGUGAAUAUCACGCAUUUAUUUUGUGUUUUAUAGAAACAUCAUGUGAACAAUGUUUUUCAUAAACCUCACCUCUUAGUUGUGGUGUGACGUGUUUCGUAUGAUACAAUAUAUCUACUGAGGAUGGAAGAUAGAGUUAGAAAUACAAAAUAUAUAACGAUUAUUAUAGGAACAAGCAUUAUAAAACUAGGUUUGUCACGUAGCGUUUAAAGUAGACUGGAGAAUGGAAUGCACAAACAAAGAACCGCGAUAGAUCCGCAAAAUUGUUGUCGAAGGAUUUUUUAAAACACGGAAAUAUGGAUACCACGAUGGUGAUUAUUUUAUCGUUCAAAAAUAGAAUACAUAUAAUCAAAAGAUAAUAGAUAUUCAAAAUACGACAAACAGAGCGACUUUAAUAUUGCCGCGCGUUCAACUCGAACAUAGAAGACUUUCUCGAGAAUGUAACUUUUUUAAUGCGAAUCCCAAAAACGGCUUCUUGAUUCAAAUCCAUUCUACCGAAUCGUUACUAUCUAAAUUUGUACCUAUUCUCAACGACUCGUAAUCAUUUUAUUUGCCUCCAACAAUUACAGAACAUUAUCCCAGACCAAACUUAUUAAUAUGUAAUGGAGAAAUUAAGAGAAAUUAAAAUGAUAAAAAAUGCAAGAGUCCAUUUGAAGAACCGAGCUGGAUUGAACAAGAUUAAAUCUGAUUGAGAUUAGAAAUAUUUGGAUGUAAUCCAUGAAAAAAGGAAAAAAACAGAUGUUUUAAAAGGUAAGACUCUAAUACUAAUAAACACAAUUCAGUUUCAAAAGGCAUUGUUACAAGAUAAAGUGUCGUAGUG